ACAAUAUUCUGCCGGCGAGUAACCCUAGGCACCCUCUUUUAUCUCUGUAAUUCUCUUGUCGUGGGAACUGCCCUCCAUCAACGUAUCGCGUCUACACUCUACACUUCCAGUUCGCAACUCGCUAUCAACAGCAACUGCGAUGACGUCUCAGUCUCAGCCCCAGUCUUCGCCGCCGCUCGCGAAGAAGGUGGAGCACGUCAUGGAGAUGUUCGGAGACGUCAGAGUUGAUAAUUACUAUUGGCUGCGUGAUGACUCCCGAUCAAAUCCCGAGGUCAUCUCUUAUCUUCAGCAAGAGAAUGCCUACACCGAUGCCAUGAUGUCUGGUACUAAACAAUUUGAAAUUGAACUUUUUACUGAGAUAAGAGGGCGAGUUAAGGAAGAUGAUAUAUCUGCACCUAAGCGUAAAGGGCCCUACUACUACUAUGAAAGAACCUUGGAGGGGAAGGAAUAUGUUCAACAUUGCAGGUGCCUUAUUCCCAACAGUGAUGUUCCUCCCUCUGUCAAUGAUACCAUGCCCAUGGGACCUGAUGCUCCUCCUGAGCAUAUAAUCUUGGAUGAGAAUGUUAAGGCUCAAGAGCAUGAGUAUUAUAGCAUUGGUGCCUUCAAGAUGAGUCCAAAUCAUAAGUUGGUUGCAUAUGCGGAAGACGUUAAAGGAGAUGAAAUUUAUACAGUCUAUGUGAUUGAUGCGGAGACUAGAGCUCUGGUGGGUAAGCCUUUAAAAAGAGUAACAUCAUAUCUUGAAUGGGCUGGUAAUGAUGCUUUAGUGUACAUUACAAUGGAUGAGAUCCUUCGGCCAGACAAGGUGUGGUUACAUAAGUUGGAUUCGGAACAGUCAAGUGAUUCCUGCCUUUACCAUGAGAAGGAUGACAUGUUUUCUCUAGAUCUUCUUGCUUCUGAGAGUGAGAAAUUUUUGUUUAUUGCAUCUGAAAGUAAAACUACGAGGUUUGUCUCUUAUCUUGAUGCUUCAAAGCCUGAAGAUGGGCUUAAAGUUUUGACACCUCGUAUAAAUGGAAUUGACACGGCAGCUAGCCACCGUGGAAAUCAAUUUUUUUUUACGAGGAGAAGUGAUAAGUUCUUCAAUUCAGAACUUGUAGCUUGUCCAGUGGACAAUACCUCAGCAACAACAGUUCUUAUUCCCCACAGGGAAAGCGUGAAGAUUCAGGGUAUAGAACUUUUUAGGGAUCAUCUAGUCCUUGAUGAACGUGAAAAUGGUCUUCCCAAAUUAACCAUUUACCGUCUUCCAGCUGUUGAAGCACCACUGACAAGCCUUAAAGGUGGCCAAGCUGUUGAAUUUAUUGACACCGUGUAUUCAGUUGAACCAUCAGAAUCACAGUUUUCUUCUAGCAUUUUACGGUUUUCUUAUUCCUCACUGAGGACACCUCACUCUGUCUAUGAUUAUGAUAUGAACACAGGAGUUUCUGUUCUGAAGAAGAUUGAAAAUGUCUUGGGAGGUUUCAAUUCAUCUAAUUAUGUUACUGAAAGGAAGUGGGCUACUGCUUCAGAUGGCACUCAGAUUCCUAUGUCAAUUGUUUACCGAAAGGAUCUUGUUAAGCUUGAUGGGUCUGAUCCAUUAUUACUUUAUGGCUAUGGUUCGUAUGAGAUUUGCAUAGAUCCUAGCUUCAAGUUAUCAAGGCUUUCUCUUCUAGAUCGUGGUUUCAUAUUUGCAAUAGCCCAUGUUCGUGGGGGAGGUGAAAUGGGUCGGCAGUGGUAUGAAAAUGGGAAGUUGUUGAAGAAAACAAAUACUUUCACUGAUUUUAUUGCUUCUGCUGAGUUUUUGAUAGAAAAUAAGUACUGUACAAAGGAAAAAUUGGUGAUUAAUGGAAGAAGUGCUGGAGGAUUGCUUUUGGGUGCUGUUCUUAACAUGAGGCCAGAUUUGUUCAAGGCUGCUGUUCUUCAAGUACCUUUUGUAGAUGUUGUGACUACAAUGCUUGACCCUACUCUCCCUCUUACGACUUCGGAGUGGGAGGAAUGGGGUGACCCUCGGAAGGAAGAGUUCUACUUUUACAUGAAGUCAUAUUCCCCUGUUGAUAAUGUUAUGGCUCUAAAUUAUCCCAACAUCCUGGUUACAGCUGGUUUACAUGAUCCUAGAGUUAUGUAUUCGGAGUCUGCUAAAUUUGUAGCAAAACUGAGGGCCAUGAAAACAGAUGGUAAUCUGCUGUUAUUUAAAUGUGAAUUAGGUGCUGGCCAUUUUUCAAAGUCAGGGAGAUUUGAGAAGCUUAAGGAAGAUGCCUUCACAUAUGCUUUUAUAAUGAAGGCUCUUAACAUGAUUCCUGCCUCUGCACCUGGAAAUAACUGAUGCUUGGAGUAAAAAUUGGAGUUUGCAUAAAAUAGUUUGACGACUCAAGAUAUAAAUAAGUUGGAAGUGGUGAAAGAAAAGCGGGGUAGCUGCGUCUGAAGUUGGAACUAGAAGACGUUAAUGCUUGUAAGCUGAUGCGUGUUAGUAGCUCUUGCUAGCCCUAUGAAUCUUAAUUUCAAGAUUGUAUUCCUGACUUUUGAAAGAGAUUAUGGUGGUUUCUUUCUUUCUUCCUUUUUUAUUUUACUUUAUUUUUCAUUUUUACUGCCGGAGUUUGUAUUUCAACUACUUUGAAUUCAUCGAACCCUUUGUGAAUCCCAAGUUGUUACCGGAGCUAAAGCACUUUUUAUUCACCAUUUUAUGUAGUUCAGUUUUCUCUCGUGAUUUUUGUUGUAAAUUUAUCAGUGUUAAUCUUGCCUUUUUAAGGAUGAUAGAAUUAGUCAGUGUUACAUCACAGUAUAUAAGUAAAUCCAUUAGGCUAAG